CCCUUAUCUCCUCUUGCCACUUGCCAGCCCCGUUGCUCUCCUGUACCAGUGCUGACUGAGCCCAGCCUCCCUGCUGUUCUAGCCCCCGGCUGCUCGGCCAUCUUCACCACCUCUCUGGUUGGUUUUGUCUGCAAACGCAGCCGAGAUGCCGAUGGAAGGGGAGCCCAGCAGCCUGGCCAAAGUCGCCCAGCUCUUCAUCCUGUCUCUGGCCUGGGGGAUGCAGAUAUGGGUCACCUUCAUCUCAGGGUUUGUGCUUAUCCGGAGCGUGAGCCGACACACCUUCGGCCUGGUCCAGAGCAAGCUCUUCCCCUUCUACUUCUAUGCCCUGGUGGCCUGCGCCUUCCUCAACCUCUCCAUCUUUGCCUACUACCACCCCCGAGAGCUGCUGAGCACCGUGGAGACCCUGCAGGGCUCUCUCUACUUCGUCUGCCUCGUCCUGGCCAGUGUUAACGCCCUGGGCUUGUCCCCGGCCACCACGGCGGCCAUGUUCCGGUUGCAGGCCAUUGAGCGGGAACACGGCCUGGGCGGGGAGGUGGGGCUGGCGGCCAGGCGCGAGACGUACCAGCAGCUGCGGGAGAGGGACCCCAAGUACCAGGCCGCGCGGCAGACGUUCUUCAAGCGCCACGGGCUGUCGUCCCUCUGCAACCUCGCCUGCCUCGCCUGCAACGGAGUCAACCUGCUGUGCAUGGCGCUGCACCUCAGCAGCUUGUAGGCAGGGCCCCGUGCGCGGGGAGGGGGCGGCAGCAUUGUCCUUGGGGGGCCCCAUCCACUGGGUGGGGCUUGAUUGAGCGAGGGGCUUGGAAGUCCGUGCCCCUACCGGGGUCUGAUUGAUGUCUCUUUCUAAGUCUGUAUCCCACGCCUGGCACCAGCUGGAAGUUCAUGUGUUGGGCGGGGGGCAGGGAACACAACCGACUUGGUGACUCAGCAGUGUUUCUCCCUGGGUUCUAUCCCCUGCUCUGGGAGGGGAGCGGGGUCUAGUGGUUAGAGUGGGGGGGAGGGGGUGCUAGGGAGCAGGACUCCUGGGCUUUCUCCCCAGUUGUGGGAGGGGAGUGGGGUCUACUGGGUUAAAGCAGGGGGGCAGAAAGUCAGGACUGCUUGUGUUUUCUCCCCAGCUGUGGGAGUGGGGUGGCGCCUAGUACCCCAGAGCAGGGGGAUAAACUAGAUCUCUUUAUUUUUUGUAAAUUAAAAUCAAAAUCUCGGAGCCAACUAACAAGCUGCCUCGGCUAACAUGUGAUAUCGAACUAGCUGGGGCUGAAAUUUGCCGUGUGCAAUGAGGUCCCCAGGCCUCAUUCACAGCAGGCCCUUUCAAAGGGCCCUGUGGGAGACAGAUGCCCAUUUCCCUUUAGAAACGGCCCCGCUGCCUCUUAGAGAUCAUUGUUAUUAGCUCUACGGUGGCGACGGCAGCAGCUGAGUUGGGGCCCUGUGGCAGUGCACCUAGGCAAGAGUUUAGCUGAAACAGGCAAAAUAUGGGAGGGGAAACUGAGGCACAGAGAGGGCGUGUGACAUGCCCAAGGUCACCCAGCUGGCAGUGGCAGAGCCGGGAAUAGAACCCAGGUUUCCUGAGUCACGGUCGACUAGGCAACACUGCCCCUUACCAGAACCUCUGUGGGAUUUACUGACAAUGCUUAGGUUGGUUCUGUGAAGUGCUCAACUCUGGGGUCUUCUUGUCCAUUUCACGCUGCCCUCCGUUUCCUUGCUGAGCCUCGGCUGGCAGAGAGUGAGAAGCACGUUCCACAGGCUCUUUGCCCUGCUUUUUAUUCCAGUUUGUACUGAUCAAAGGGGAAAAACUCCGAAUGAAAGUCAUCUUCCAGUGGGGUUCUUCACGGGGAAAUAAAUUGUUCUUUUGUGUGCAACAGAAAUAAAGAAUCCUAAUCUCUGA